AUGCCUAACUGGCAUGAAUUCUCAGUACUGCUCGUAAGCCAGGUUGCUCUGAUAUUCGCGGUUCAAAACGUCUACCUCAUUUUCUACACCUACGGAAAAGAACUCGAACCUUCGGAUAAUUAUUUCCAAGAUGCCGCCAAUAACCCUCGUCGAACGGACUUUUACCGAUUUGUAUGUGUAUCGAUAUCAGAAACACUUUUUAAUUUUGUUGAAGAGUAACGUUGAGUCUUUCUAUUCGGCCUACCUGGAGUUUCAAACAGAUGGCCAGGACGUCGAAGUUUUUUGGAUCAAACAUUUGAUGAGCAUACAAUUGGCCGGCGUUUUUCUGGGAUCUCUCAUCUUUGGUUUUUUUUUCUUCUGUUACAACUACUAAUCAAUAACUUAUCAGGAGCUCUUGCCGACUACUUUGGCCGGAAAAACGUAUGCCGCGCAGUUUUCUUCAUAGGGACGGCACUUCUUGCCGGAGAAGGUUUCAGAAACUUGAAACCUAAAAACUUUUAAUUUAGGAUUUAUUCAUAACUCUAUCGUCAUAGCGGUGGCCCGGUUUUUUGUUGGUUUAUUGACCGGAGGAGUGAUUGUGGUGACUUGGAGCUUCACCACCGAGUUGAUACAGCCUCAGACACGGUUCCUGGCGCGCGCUUUUGCUAAUUGGGUGCACUAAACUCCGAAAAAAAAUAGUUAGACUAUUUAUAGCCAAAUGCUCGUCUAAUCCUGACAAUAAUUUGCUACUUCACUGGAAAUUGGCGGCUCACGUUGCACAUUUGUGCCGGAAUCGCUUUUAUUUCGUUUGGAUUUUACUGUUUCUUCUUGCCCGAAAGUCCCACAUGGCUUUUUUGUCAGGUAAACAAAUAUUUAAUUGUUAUUUUUCUUGAAAGAAGUUGUAAAAACUUGAAAACUUACGGAUUCAAAAUUGAUUUUGCCUUAAGCAGGUAUUUUUUCGGAAUUUAUCAAAAGCUCAAAUAUUUUUGUUGAGCAAAAUAUACUUUUCGCGACCAUCAAAAUUGUAGCCAUUCCAAAUUUUUUUUUGAAAGGCUUAUUUUUCACACAAGUAUAGUCGAUUUUUUGUGACUUAAAGGAAGCGGGCGUAGCGUGUUCGCUCGCGGUUCUCGGCACGAGAUCAAUUGAACCGACAGCGAGUAUUCUGAAAGCUCGUUUAUCGCUCUUUUUAUUUCUUUUUUAUUAUUUAAUGAUUUAUUUCAUUUUUGCAUCAAAAAAUAGUAGUUUUGAUGCAAACAAGCGGUGAACAAGCUUUUUAAAUAGUCGGUGGUGCAGGAAUCUAACUCGUGCCAAGAACGGCGUACGCACACGCUACGCGUCCCGCACACUUUUCCACCUCCCUUCUUUUUCAAGUCGGAAUGAAUUGACUAUAUUUUCAAUCAAACUUUGAGGAAGUCAAAUAAAAGACCAUCUAUCCUCACUAAUACUCUUGUUUUCAGAAACGCUACGACGAAGCCGAAAAAAUCAGAGAACUGAUAAUUCAGAGAUCUAAUGGCGCUUGCGAUAUCAGUGAUGCAAAAUACGAUCUUUUAUCAAAACAACAAAAAAAAUUCAGAGCUACCUGAUCGAAAGCCGACAAAGCACUUGACUUUCAUUUCGAUUUGGCAGAAAUCCAAAUAUCGAAACAUCAUGCUUUUGUUCGGAACUGUAUGGAUCUUGACCAAUUUCACAGCUGCUAUGAUCGACUACACAGAAGUGAAAAUUGUUUCCGGUUUCUUGAAGAGUCAAUUUUUAAUCUCGGGAGUUAUUGCAGCUUCAAAAAUAGUAUGAUUUUCAUUGCUUCACUUUGUUGAAAACUGAGGAUUCAGAUUCUUGGAGUUACCGAGAUCAUGUUUGGGAUCAUAAACAGAAGAAACUUACACUUGGUUUCCUUACUGAUCAGCAUGGUUGGAAUGACGAUAGCGGCUGUUAUGGUCACUCUGAAGCUGAACGAAACCUACAACGUCGCCUACUGCUUCGCUUUCCUCACUUCUUUGAUCUUCGCCGAGUUUGUUUGGGACGCUUGCUAUUUGUGAGAAAAAUAUUAUGACGUAUGGAAAUAAGAAAAAAUAUUCAGAUGCGUCAUCGAGCAAGUUCCGACAGAAGUGAGGAGUACGGUGUGUGGAACGUGCUCCUUUUUCUCGAGAGUUUUUGGGAUCGCUGCUACUUUAAUGGUUUGGAUUUCCUUAGGAAAAACUUCAUUUGCGGGAACAUAUAAUUUUUGCUGCAUUUGAAAUCGCUCAAAACAUUGUAGUUCUAAAAAUAGGGAAAAAAGUGAGUGACAAAAAAAUCAAUCUUCUCUGAAAAACUUUGCCAAAUCAUCAAAAACAAGAGUCUCGUAUCCCGAAACUCAUUUCUUUAGGUCUACGUCAAAAAAGAGUGGGCUCCUGCGCCUCUUUAUACCGCGACCAUUGCUAUGGCCAUUCAUUUUCUGAUCGCCUUCAAGUUUUUGAAAGAAAGCAAAGACGCAGACCUUUCGGAGGUUUCAUUAGAAAGAAUGUAA